GUCGCGUAGCAGACCAUCGCCAUUCGCUGACAGAGUCCGUCAGUUAAUCCUUACCGCCGUUUGCCACUGCACUGCCCAUCGGAACCGAAAGCACUUAGUGGAAAGGCUUAACCUUACGCGGUUUUGGGGUUGUUUCGAUCAGUUUCGAACUGGCUCUGAACCACGGCGGUCGUCGGAUUUUUUUUCUACGUCUUCUUCUGCUGGUUAGCCGUGUUGGCUCGAGUGACUUCCUGCUGGGACGUGUGAUCAUAAUACAAACAGGAAAAAAAUAAGCAUAACGAUCCAUAAAGUGUUACUUUCUUCGUCGAGCAAGUUGAGGUGAAGCAAUUUGUCAACCGAAGAACAAUGCGCGCGUGCGUCGUGUGAUGAAAGACGAAGGGAGAUUAUUCAAGUAGUGCCCCUACGACGGUCGGUUGUGUAAUAUGGUUUUUUAAAGAAGUAACGAAAGGCAAUAAACAUCUCUUGAUUUGCCUUUUGUACCGUUUUUUUUUCUUUCUCGUUGGUGAGAAGAUGUAACUAGUUUCGGAGGGCAUCGAAGAAACCUUUUUUGUUCCUGACGCAGCAGAAAAAAAACCGAAACGACUUGUGGAAGGAGUUCGAAAGAUCUCCGAGUUUGUUUUUUAUUCGUGAUAAAAUUCGAUUCAGGCUGCUUACAGUGACGGAAAUCGUCGACUUUUGUGUUUUGUUGUUUUGGUGCAGUUACAUAAACAGCAUCCGCAAGCGAACGGAUUUGAUACCGAGCGGAGACACGGACUUGAAGGUGAACGAAAUACUUUGGCGCGAAAAACCGGAGGAAAAUGAAGCCAAACUGGAUUAACGUUUCAAUAACUGCGUUGAUCGUGACGACGCUUGUUAUCGCAGUUUGCCAAGCGGAAGAUGGCGGUGGAGGAGGAGCCGCUGAAGGAGGCGGUGGGAAACGGACUCCGACGCUGAUUGACUCCGGAAUCACCGGUCCGACCAAGGUGGGCACGAAAGAAGGUUCUCGUUUACAGAGUACUGCCAGCGGUGCGUUGACGAAGAAGAAACCAGCCAAACCCUCGACGGCGGAUGACGACGAUGACGACGAUGAUGAUGAUGAUUUCCUGGACUUCCUGGGGGAUGACGAUGAUGAUAGCGAAGAUGACGAUGAUGAUGAUGACGAAGAAGAAGAAGAAGAGGAAGAGGUUGAAGAAGCGGAGGAAGAAACAAGUACCGAUGGUGGGAGGCUUUGGUCACCGGAGGUGUUUAACAAGAUUUCUAAUACGCUGGGAGCGUUGAAUACGGUGGGAAGAUAUAUCGUCAACAUAACCAAGGGACAGGAACCGGUGCCGGCCAAUGCGAUAAGUAAGGAUCCACAGGAAAAUGUUCCGAACGCGAUCUUGACCCUAACGGAAACGGUUCUGGGUCAUAAUGUUACCAAAACAUUCGAACCAUUGAUCAAACGGGUGGGAGAAUCGGGAGUUGAACCAACGGUAAGUUCAACAACAACGACAACAACAACGACAACCACCACAACCACAACAGCAGUGCCAUCGACAAGCACUUUGACGACUUCCGAAGCGACACCUAUUACUGAAUCUUUUUUGAUUGUUCAGAACAAGGAGGACGUUGCUGCGGUGACGGCUACCAGUGAAAUGCAGAAGAAAAAGAAAAAGAAGAAGAAUAAGGUAAAACGGAAGGAUCCAACGCACGUGGAAACCACGAAGAAACCACCAGUGAUUAAUAAAAUUGUUGAGUCCAGUAAAGACGCGGAAAACCGUUGCACCACUCCGGAUGGACGCCCUGGUCGUUGCGAAGACCUCAGCACCUGUCCAGGAUUGUUGUUAGAUUUAACACAUCUGAGAGAAUCGCUUUGUUUCAAAAGUUUGUUUGUACCGGGUGUGUGUUGUCCCUUACCUGCCAGUACGGCAUUAACAACCUCCAAACCUACCACAAGACCGACGAUUCGUACAACUCCGCAAAGUUUGGUGCUGAGUCCCAUCGUCACGAAGCCAACCACCACAAAGCGUCCGCUGGUGCCAGUGUAUCCGCCACAGACGACCACGGAGUCGGUACUGGCGGCAACCCUGAAUCCAAUCACGGACAAUUUUGUAGACCCAGAAGAUUGCGGUCAGCAGGAGUACUCUUCGGGUCGAAUUGUCGGCGGCAUGGAAGCUCCGAUAGGUCAAUGGCCUUGGAUGGCAGCCAUCUUUUUGCACGGUCCCAAACGAACGGAGUUCUGGUGUGGUGGAUCAUUAAUCGGAACCAAGUACAUUCUAACGGCUGCCCAUUGUACGCGGGACUCUCGGCAACGACCCUUCGCCGCCCGACAGUUCACGGUACGGCUUGGUGAUAUUGACCUCUCGACGGAUGCGGAACCGUCGGCUCCGGUCACGUUCAGGGUGACGGAAGUGCGAGCUCAUCCAAAGUUUUCCCGGGUUGGAUUCUACAACGACAUCGCAAUUUUGGUGCUGGACCGGCCGGUCCGGAAGUCCAAGUACGUUAUUCCGGUGUGUACUCCUAAGGCAAACCUUCCCUCGAAGGAACGGAUGGCAGGUCGCCGAGCAACCGUUGUCGGCUGGGGCACGACCUACUACGGUGGCAAGGAAUCCACCAAACAGCAACAGGCGACGCUGCCGGUGUGGCGCAAUGAGGACUGUAACCACGCCUACUUUCAGCCCAUCACGGACAAUUUCCUGUGUGCGGGAUUCUCCGAGGGCGGUGUAGAUGCCUGCCAGGGGGAUUCCGGCGGUCCGUUGAUGAUGCUGGUCGAGGCCCGCUGGACGCAGGUUGGGGUGGUUUCGUUCGGCAACAAGUGCGGCGAACCGGGCUAUCCGGGCGUCUACACCCGGGUCAGCGAAUACAUGCAGUGGAUACGGGAGAACACCCAGAAGUAGCGGGAACCGCACGG